AUGGAUCUGACAAGUGUUACCAAUGUCACCAAUGACCUUCAUAAUUUUGCCAGAAUAGGAACUUUGUUCUUCUAUAACUUUCCAAGAACCCCCAGUUUUUCAACCUUGGCCCCAGAUGGUUGGAAUUGGUAUGAUCCACCCUAUAAUGAAAAGGUUCAUCUUCUAACUCAAGAUGGAGGUAAAUCUAACUAUGCGGACUUUUUAAUAGAAGUCAACUAUCUCGUUAAAAGAGGAGUUAUCCGUGUGACAUAUAAGCAGUUUUGUAUUCGCAGAAGAAAAAUAAUCCUGGGUAGAGUUUAUUGUCUUUUCAACGAUUGUGCUAAUUAUGGAAAAGUCGAAACUUUUAGAGAAGGCACCAGACGGGGUAAACCAACAGCAUGGCAUCAAAGCAGACAGAAGAAAGCUCUACAAACUGUGCUGGAAGUUAUAGAUUUUUCGCCAAUUGCCUGGAAUAUUAGAUCCACUCAUCAAUUGGUACGAUACUUCCAAAUGUAUCAGACAGUGUUGAUCUCCUUUAUCAAACAAAGAUUCUCGGGGACUAUUCACCGAAGUUCAGAUUCUUUUACAAUGUAUCGCUUACUAAAUCGCAAGCCUUUCCAGACUAGUAACGAACAACAGCAACCCAUAUUAUCACUGGAGGAGAGAGUUAUCGCAUUGUACAAUCGGAUUCAAUCACCCAUGGUUAAUAGACACGAUACUCAGUUCAAUUCAGCAGUCUCUAUGAUUUUGAACAACGAGAUUAAAGACCUUAAAAGUGUCCUGUAUAAAUAUCAGAGAAGAUCUAUCGUUCGCAUGUUGGAAAAAGAACUGUACCCAUCUUCAAGCUUAUCCCCGAACUUGGUCGUGGUACCCGAUUUGUACAAGACGAAUUCAUUCUACUUGCAUGUCACCGAAUUGACAUUCCAAAGGGAUAAAUCUACACUGUCUCUUCCUCGUAGUGGUAUUCUUGCUGAGAAUAUGGGUCUCGGGAAAACUUGUCUUUGCUUAGUAUUGAUCUAUAUUACCAAAUAUCAGCUUCCAACUAUUCCCAAAGAGUUUAGAUACCAGUCACAGCAAACUGAAAAAGUGAUAUCACUACAAGAACUGUGCGUGAAUAUGCUGAGUCAAGAAUCAUUAUCUUGGAAGCAAUUUCGGUCUGAACUUCCCGCAUCGUGUAUCAAGGCAUUGAGGAGCCAUCCCCCCUCUUUUCAAUACACAACAUCCUCCAAUGAAACUAGGAAAAGUGCAAGGUUGAAAGUUAAAGAUACCAUAACGAUAUCAAAACAGUUGUAUCUAUCCGCUGCGACUCUGGUGAUAGUGCCCGAUAACUUGUAUCGUCAGUGGAUCACAGAAAUUGACAAACAUUUUAGCCCCAAUGCCUUCGAGCUACUUGGUUUUCCACAGGGAAGUGAUCCCGAGUUUCCUCCACUUGAAAAGCUUUUGGACGUUGACAUUAUUUUGAUAGCAUCUAGUAUCUUUGCCAGAGAAAAUGAUUCCUCUGAUUCCGUUCUAAGAUGUAUUUACUGGAAGAGACUUAUCGUUGAUGAAGGCCAUUCAAUGAGUUCCAAGAUAUCCAGGCCUUCUGAGCUUGCUCGGAGUCUUUACGUCGAACGAAAAUGGGUAAUUUCAGGUACUCCUACUAGAGGACUUACUCGGUUACAUGUCAACAAAGAAGAAGUUCAAAAGCCUUUCAACGCCAAGGAUGACUUAUUAAAACUGGGAUUCUUGAUCACAAAAUUUUUGAAUGUUCCUCUUUGGUCUAAUGACCCGAAGGCAUGGAACCAACAAGUGGUGAGGCCGUUUAUUAGCAAAUGCUUCAACUCAGAACUACAGUUAUUCCAAAUCCUCAACUCAUUAAUGGUUCGUCAUUCUGUCACAGAAGUAGAAGACCAAGUGGACUUACCGCCUCUAGUUCACGAUGUUGUUUUGAUCGAACCGGGGUACUACAAUAGAAUCUCAGUUAAUCUCUUUACUUCUUUAUUAGCUACAAAUGCUGUUACUUCAGAGAGGACAGAUAGAGACUAUAUGUUCCAUCCAUCCAACGGAGCUGAACUGAGAAGGUUGAUCACCAAUUUACAGAGGGCCACUUUUUAUUGGACUGGAUUUUCUGUUGAAGAUAUCCGAGCUUUGAUGUCCAUCUGCCAAAAGAGUUUAAAGAAGAAAAAUGAUGAUGGAACGGCCUAUUAUUCUCCACGAGAUAGAGACCUUUUGCAAAACUCAUUGAGAACAGCCAAACUUGCCCUUUCUAACAAACGAUGGAGAACUGCCUCUGCCAUACAUGAAAUGAAUUACUACGUUUCUAACGUAAUCCACCAGUUUGCAAGCAAUCUGUCCCUGGACACUUAUAGAAAUGGUCUCACAACGUACGGAGCACCUCAGUUGUACCAACUUCAAAAGGCUUUUUUCAAGUAUCGGUUUGUUAGAAGUCAACUAGGAUUGGAAGAGCGAUUAACUGAAGACUUGAAGCCUUUUUGGAAAAAUUAUUGGAACCUUGUCUGGCGUAAAGAUAUUCAAAGGAUCAAAAACCAUGACGGACAACCUAUCAAACAAGAAACUAUCGCCUCUGCUAUAAAGAAUCCCAAAUGGAGUACAAAAUUUACAGCAAAGGAAAAGAAAGAGCUCACAAACUAUUCGGACAGCUUUACUGAAACAAUGAGCGAGUUCCGUGAGGGUGAGUCAGUUAAUGACCAGCUUCGUCAAUCCACAGUAGUCGGUACUGGAUCGGCCAAAUUAUCCUACUUGACGGCUCGAUUGCUAGAGCACCAGGCUGGAGGAAUAAAAAGCCUAGUUUUCUUUGAGUUUGAAGACUCUGCAUAUUAUCUAUCGGAAGCAUUAGAUCUCUUAGGAGUCAAAUAUUUCAUGUAUGCUUCGUACAAGAAACCAAUUGAAAGGGCGGAAAAUCUGGUAAAAUUUACAGAAAUUGAAAGUGGGGCUGCACUGAUAAUGGACCUAAAGUUGGCAUCGCAUGGUUUGACAAUUAUUGCUGCAACCAGGGUGUACUUCAUCAAUCCGGUUUGGCGAAGAGAUCUUGAAGCUCAAGCAAUUAAGAGGGCCCAUAGAAUUGGGCAACAAAAAGAAGUAAAAGUAGAAACACUAAUACUGCGAGGGACGAUUGAAGAGGAAAUGCUUCAGCAAAGAUCUGCCGAAGCCUCCAGCAAUAACGAGCGUGACUCAGCUAGUGUCAUUGAAAACCGUGGGAUCCAAGAAUACGUUCUAAAACAUGAGUUCCUUCCUAUAAAUUUUCAUGAUGUUGAGUAUUCUCCUUUUGAAUCUUCGUCUACUUCAAACAAACCUAUAGGUUCCAAUUCGAAGAAAGAGCCCCCCGAGUUAUUAGAAGCGGAGUCAAGGGUUGAUAAUGGAAUUCGAAGUUGGAAUGUCCCAUUAGUGUCUAUGAAUUAUGAGAACGGGCAAGUGGUUGGAUCAAAGCUAGUGAAAGAAGGAUCUUUGAUUCGGUCCCGCAAAAGAGCUGUUGAAACCGUCACCGGUGCCAAUACCAACUUGACUCGCAAAAAAGUCCGCUUCUUUGAAUAA